CGCUUUUUUAGGGAAUUUGAUCAGUUGGUCAAAAUGAAAAUCUCUCAAACGCCCGCCCACUUCAAAGUCCAGUGCAUAAGGGGAAAACGCGCAGUCGGUUUCAACUAGCCGGGCUUCAGUUACAGUAGAUACUAAAAUCUAAAAAGCCAAACCAUGUCUGUUAAACAUGAAAACGAUUUUCGUCUUUUUGUCAAAAAUGCGAAGCAAGUAGUCUUAGUUUGCAACCGUGGAGAGAGAUUUCUAACCAAAGAUGGAAUGCAAAAACUGCCCGUAGUCGAAAAUGGAAGUUUGAUUAUCGGGAAAGACGGGCUGCUGAAAGCGGUGGGUCCCGUGGACGCGAUCGACGCUAGGUAUAAAGGGGCAUCUUUUGACACCGUUAUUGAUGCCUCCGGCAUGGUUGUCAUACCAGGACUGAUCGAUGCCCACACUCACCCUGUGUGGGCAGGGGACAGAGUUCAUGAGUUCGCCAUGAAGCUCGCAGGAGCCACCUACAUGGAGGUCCACCAGGCUGGAGGUGGAAUCCACUUCACAGUGGAACACACUCGCCGGGCUUCUGAGGAGCAGCUGCUGGUGGACCUGACGCAACGGCUGACUCGUAUGCUUCGGACCGGAACCACCCUGGUGGAGUGUAAGAGCGGUUAUGGGCUGGACCUGGAGACAGAGAUGAAGAUGCUGGUGGUGAUUGAGAGGGCUCGCUUGGUAUCACCUAUUUGCAUCUCUUCCACCUACUGUGGAGCACACUCUGUGCCCAGGGGGAAGACCCCGGCAGAGGCCGUGGAAGACAUUGUACAUGUCCAGCUGCCUCGGCUGCAGGAAAAAAUGACGAAGGGUGAGCUCCAAGUGGACAACAUUGAUGUAUUCUGUGAGAAGGGCGUGUUCGACCUCGACUCCACUCGGACCAUUCUCCAGGCCGGAAAGGACAUGGGCCUGCAGCUAAACUUCCAUGGAGAUGAGCUGCAUCCCAUGAACUCUGCCCAGCUAGGGGCACAGCUGGGUGCAUUGGCCAUCAGCCACCUGGAGGAGGUGACAGAUGAGGGGAUAGCAGCCAUGGCAAAGGCCAAGACUGCUGCAGUCCUGCUGCCCACUACAGCCUACAUCUUAAGGCUUCCUCAGCCGCGAGCAAGAGACAUGCUGGACGCCGGAGUCAUUGUGGCCCUGGGCAGUGACUUCAAUCCUAAUGCCUACUGCUGCUCUAUGCCCAUGGUCAUGCAUCUGGCCUGCGUCAACAUGAGACUGUCCAUGGACCAGGUGCUUGCUGCCGCCACCAUAAAUGCCGCAUACGCUUUGGGCCGCUCGCACAGCCAUGGCUCACUGGAGGCUGGCAAGGAAGCCAACUUGCUCAUUGUCGACUGCCCCCGGUGGGAGCACUUAAUAUACCAGUUUGGAGGACACCAAGAGCUCAUCAAGUAUGUUAUUAUAAAAGGGGAAGUUGUGUAUGAAAAUAAAAACACAAUGUCCUACUGAACAUUUCAGUACCAACUUUGGUGGUAUUACUGCUUUCACACAGCCCAUCUUUUGAUUCAUCAAUAGCAGUUUUUAAAAAUGCAAAUACAAUGUUUCUGUUAUUUUGCUGUCUGCAAUGCACAAUGUUUGUGAUUGUAAGUGAUGUACUAUAGGAACCUCACUUUUGAAGCACUGUCGAUAAAUUCACAGUUGAAAAAUGAAAUACAUUUUGGUAAUUUCUGUUAUCCUUGAGCAAUCUUAAUUAAAAACAAGAAAUGAAAACUUGGAUAUUUGGAGUGGCUAACUCUGUGCAGGCCAGGUUUAAAAUGUCAUUUUUGGUUUUUAAGUUUCUGCAAGACUGAGCUAUUUCCACUGUCAGGUGUGCUGUGAGAGAGCUAUAGAUCCUGUACAGUGACAAAAAGGAGUGACAUUACUGAUGGCACAGAUCCUACAGUGAAGUCUACAGUGGGUGGGAGUCAUGAGUUAUCAAUCACAGGCAGCAUUUUCUUACUCCCCAUUGAUCAUUUUCAUGAUUUCUAUGGGGUUUUUUCAUGAUUUUUAUGGGGCUUAUGUAUCGAGUGGGCGCUCAUAGCCAUCAACUGGAAAUUUGCUGGUUCAAAUCCUGUUAAUGUCCAGAGUGAUUCUACAUCCAGCCCUAUAAGGAGGUCCUCCAACUUACAGGGAAAAACUUGGGGGUUGGUGGCAGGAUUGGCACUCCAGCCACCGGAAAAAACCUCACAUUGGUCCAUUGAAAAGGGUCAAUAAUCACACCACUAGUUACUGAUUGUCUCUCUGUGUGCUGAAUCAGCAUAUCUUGAAGUCACUUUGAGAUCUGUGUAGACUCUGUACCAGCACUAGCCAGGGCUUGUGGAUCACAGGCUACAGUUAUUGAACCUUGAACAACCAUCAAAGAUGUGUUGGGGUUGUCAGUGGACCACAGUAAACAUGGUCACAUAAUGCCUCUAGGAUAUGAGGCUUUGAAGUACAGUACGAAUGAAUCCCAUAUCCAUGUUAGUAUUUUUAUUUUUAAUAUUAUUUUAUGUCAUCAAUAUCUUCCCCCAGUGACUGUACACACAGCAUUCUUCUGGAAAGUUCUGGCUUCUCAAACGCUUGUUCAUUGCAGUGAUGGUGUUAUUGUAGUUCAUAAAUAAUUGUGUUUAUUGAUUUAGUUGAGUUUGCUGAUCCAUGACGCACAGGACAACAUCUAUGUUCAUCCUCACUUUAUUGAGAACAUCUUUUUUUUCCAAAACUGAGAGAUGCCUCUCCUCAAAUGUUUUCAAUUACAAAAUCAUGUUUAAAGUUUCCACCAGUUCAUAAUUAGAAAUGCACUACUGUUGAAAGAAGACUGUACAAUGCUUCAAACAAACCUUGCAAUAAUAUAUAUUGGCUUUUAUGUAACAGCAAACUUUUGUUAAAAUAAAGUCCAAUUCCUUACUUCUA